UGACGAAGGCUUGUGAGGCUGAGAAGACAAAUUGCCCUCAUCAUUAUCUCUGGGCUUGUCAAUCAAACAUAUUCCCUUAUUUACCUCGGCGAGGAGAGAGCCCCGGGAGCACACGGAGAGGGAGGGAGCGAGAGGAGAGCUGCUUGUCCCAAACUCCGCACUGGGGAGGGAGCAUUUCCAGCCCCUCGGGAUGGCCACCAUCACCUGCAACCGCUUCACCGAGGAGUACCAGCUCUUCGAGGAACUGGGCAAGGGCGCUUUCUCCAUCGUCCGGAGAUGCGUGAAGGUGUUGGCAGGACAGGAGUACGCAGCCAAGAUCAUCAACACCAAGAAGCUGUCUGCUCGAGAUCACCAGAAGCUGGAACGAGAAGCCCGGAUCUGCCGCCUCCUGAAGCACCCCAACAUCGUGAGGCUCCACGACAGCAUCUCCGAAGAGGGCCACCACUACCUGAUAUUUGACCUGGUCACCGGCGGGGAGCUGUUUGAGGACAUCGUGGCCAGGGAGUACUACAGCGAAGCGGAUGCCAGCCACUGCAUCCAGCAGAUCCUGGAGGCCGUCCUGCACUGCCACCAGAUGGGGGUGGUCCACCGGGAUCUGAAGCCCGAGAACCUGCUGCUGGCAUCCAAGCUGAAGGGUGCCGCCGUCAAGUUGGCUGACUUCGGCCUUGCCAUCGAGGUGGAGGGGGACCAGCAAGCAUGGUUUGGUUUCGCUGGCACCCCGGGAUACCUGUCCCCCGAGGUGCUCCGGAAGGACCCCUAUGGCAAAGCCGUGGAUCUGUGGGCUUGUGGCGUCAUCCUCUACAUCCUGCUGGUCGGGUACCCGCCCUUUUGGGAUGAAGACCAGCACCGACUCUACCAGCAGAUCAAGGCUGGGGCUUACGAUUUCCCCUCCCCUGAGUGGGACACAGUCACUCCCGAAGCGAAAGAUCUCAUCAACAAGAUGUUGACCAUAAACCCGUCCAAGCGCAUCACGGCAGCGGAGGCUCUGAAGCACCCCUGGAUAUCACACCGUGCCACCGUGGCGUCAUGCAUGCACAGGCAGGAGACAGUGGACUGUCUGAAGAAGUUCAAUGCCCGGAGAAAGCUGAAGGGAGCCAUCCUCACCACCAUGCUGGCCACCAGGAACUUCUCCGGUAGGUGCUCUGGAGGUGGACAAAGGGCACGAGGCCAGCGUAAAAGAAAGUCCAGUUCCAGCGUUCAGUUAAUGGAAUCGUCGGAGAGCACCAACACCACCAUUGAGGAUGAAGACACUAAAGUACGGAAGCAAGAAAUCAUUAAAGUCACAGAGCAGCUGAUAGAAGCAAUAAGCAACGGCGACUUUGAGUCCUACACGAAGAUGUGCGACCCUGGGAUGACUGCCUUCGAGCCUGAGGCUCUGGGUAACCUCGUCGAAGGCUUGGAUUUCCACCGAUUCUACUUCGAAAACCUGUGGUCCCGGAACAGCAAGCCUGUGCACACGACGAUCCUGAACCCCCACAUCCACCUGAUGGGAGACGAGUCCGCCUGCAUCGCCUACAUCCGCAUCACGCAGUACGUGGACGCGGGAGGGAUCCCCCGCACCGCCCAGUCCGAGGAGACCCGCAUCUGGCACCGCCGGGAUGGCAAAUGGCAAAUCGUCCACUUCCACAGAUCCGGCGCGCCCUCCGUCCUACCGCACUGAAGCGCAGUCCUGCCCGUGUGGGGUUUGUCACUGACUGACUGCCAAGGGGAGACCUCCUCCGACAUCUUCACCUACGGGACUUUGGCUGUUGACUCUGCUGCUUGGUUCCCGCUGGAAUAACCCCUCGCUUCUCACCGCACACAUGCAACAGCCCUGCCGGCGCCGCGCAAGCAUCCCAUCGAACCCCCCUCAUGGCGCUGGGUCCCCUUCCUCUGC